AUGGUUUUGUUCCUGUCAACACGCUCAUCAUGGCCGGAUUUCCAUUGGCAAUCCAUGAUCCUGCUAGACGUCUUGUGGCUGUUAGGUUUCACGGUCUUCUGGUUUCAACCCGCACGGCGAGCGAUGGCCAACGAGGUCCUGUUGCGAAGCCACUACUGGCUGCGUCUCUGGAAGCAGGCGCUGUUGCCCACGGCGCUACUGAGCGUCUUCCUGGGGGCCUUACAAGCGACACUCGUGUCACAAGCCACACCUACAGCGUGUCGCACCGUCUUUGCGUUGCUUGCUGCCCGGGUGAUCAGUGCCGCAAACUGCCAGGGGGAGAAGCUGCGGGAGAGUCAACGGCUACAGGAGCUGCAGGGUCUCUCACCCAGCUGGAAUCCCAUCAUCGUGCGACAGCUCUUGGGCGCACCAGGCCUGCUGGGCCUUCUCACACUCUUCGCGAGCUUAGUCGCAGACCUUCUCACCUCUUCUCAAGCCUGGCCCUUACUGAGCAGACCUGUGGAUGCCCGACCGGGAGGCUAUUUGGUGGUGCUGGGUGCCCUACCAUCCUUGCUUUCCAUGGCAGCUGCUGUGUGGCUGGUGAGUCAUGCGGUGAAUUCUUCAAUCUUUGAGUCUGAGGAAAUUUGCUUCACGAAGGAACUGGGCUGUCUAUCAGGGUACCUGAGCAUCGUGUUGGGUUUGCUCACCUUGCUGCUGCAUGUGUUCGAUCUUCCGAAACUGCAAGUGAUGAGUCUGGUCUUCUGUUUUGGAACCAUGGUGAUCGCGGUUCUGGCCUCGGCCUUCGGAAAUCGCGUUUUUUUGGGUGGCUUCUCGUCCAGGUGUCUGGGCGUUUCCACUCUGUGCAGUGCCUUCAUUCUGAGCAGUUUCAUCGUCAUGCUGCUUCUGGAUCAGCAACUGAUCCCCAAUCACUACGAGCUGCCUCGGCAGGGGCUUGCUAUCAUGGAAUAUCUCUCUGUGGCUGCCUACUUGCUUUGGCCUUUAGCUUGGACGCGAGAGGUUCACUCGAGCUGGCAACUGCACAAGGCUUGGCCCAGCAAACCCAUCCAAAUGGCCUGA